GUGAGUCCGGAUGUGGAGGAAGGGUAGCGAACAGGCACAGAGAUACUGCCCAAAGAAGUGCAAUUCUGAAUUAUGGCAUGGUUAUGGAUGACUGUCACACUGAGUUUAGCUUUCUACUGUCCAGGUUCUAAAUCAGAGACGGAAGAGAGUGAAGAGGGACAUUUACUUAGAUACCUCUUUGAGGAGAAAGGCUACAGGAAGGAUCUCCGGCCUGUGGAAAGUCCUGAUGAAACAGUUGAUAUAUAUCUUGCCUUGACUCUCUCCAAUCUUAUCUCACUUAAAGAAGCUGAUGAAACACUCACUACAAAUGUUUGGGUUGAGCAUGGAUGGUAUGACAAACGACUGUCGUGGAAUAAGACAGACUUCUAUGACAUUGAAAUACUCAGAGUAACCUCCGACUGGGUGUGGCAACCCAAGAUAAUCCUAGAGAACAACAAUAAUGGAGACUUUGUGGUGGCCUAUUACUGCAAUGUACUUAUAAGUUACGAUGGAUUCAUAUACUGGCUGCCUCCUGCCAUAUUUCAAACUCCCUGCUCCAUCAACGUUAACUACUUCCCAUUUGACUGGCAGAACUGUUCUCUCAAAUUCAGUUCCCUGAGUUAUAAUGCAAAAGAGAUUAACCUGCGGCUGAAAGAAGAAACAGAUAGUGAAACUAAAAGGAAAUACCCAGUUGAGUGGAUUGUCAUUGAUCGAGAAGCUUUCACAGAAAACGGAGAAUGGGAGAUUGUCCACAUUCCAGCCAAAAUAAACAUUGAUAGGAGUGUUUCUCCAGAUAGCACCAAGUACCAGGACAUCACAUUUUACCUCAUUAUUAAAAGGAAACCCCUUUUCUACAUCAUAAACAUCCUGUCUCCUUGCGUACUGAUUGCUUUGAUGGCCAACCUCGUAUUCUACCUGCCAGCUGACAGUGGGGAAAAGAUGACCUUGGCCAUUUCUGUGCUGCUGGCACAGUCUGUGUUCUUGCUUCUGAUCUCAAAGCGCCUCCCAGAGACAUCCUUAGCAAUUCCUCUCAUCAGCAAGUACCUGAUGUUUAUCAUGGUGCUGGUGACUAUUGUGGUUGUGAGCUGUGUUGUCGUGUUGAACAUGCACUUCAGAACUCCCAGCACACACAUCAUGUCUGAUCGCAUGAAGAGGAUCUUUCUAAAUAAACUGCCCCGUUUACUGCAUAUGUCCCAACCAGCAGAACCUGAACCUGAUCCAUGGAAUGGGGUGCUUCAGAGGCGCAGCAGUUCAGUGGGGUACAUUGCAAAAGCAGAGGAAUACUUCAGUGUGAAGUCUCGUAGUGAACUUAUGUUUGAGAAGCAAUCUGAGCGACAUGGUUUGACCAGUCGAGCUACACCUGCAAGAAUGAAUCCAUUGCAUGCAGACAAUUCACAGGACCAGCUUUAUGGAGAAAUAAAGCCAGCCAUUGAUGGGGCUAACUUCAUUGUCAAGCACAUGCGAGAAAAGAAUGCCUACAAUGAGGAGAAAGAUAACUGGUAUCGUGUUGCUCGGACAGUUGACCGCCUUUGCCUUUUUAUUGUGACACCGGUUAUGAUCAUCGGGACCCUUUGGAUAUUUCUUGGAGGAGCUUACAACCAACCACCUCUAUACCCAUUUGCUGGUGACCCCUAUGAUUACAAGGAAGGACAUAUGAGAUUGAUAUAGAACUUGAUAUCAAGAGCCAGCUGAAGAUAUACAAGUCCAUAUGUAACAGGAAAUAUAUGGGGUCAUUUUGGUGUAAGGUAGCACUGGCUUAGUUGACCAAUCAGAUUCCACCUUUCAUUUUCACAGCUUCUUUGGAAAAUAAAAGGUGGAAUAUGAUUGGUUGCUAUGGGCAACUAAGCCAGUUCUACUUUACACCAGUUGGAUAAAUGACCCCAAUAGUUUUCAAAUGAAUGAAUACAAGCAUACAUUCUUAUGGUAUUAAUUAGAGUCUAAAUUAUUUGUAACUUUUAUACAUGUCAAAGUGUGCCUUGUCUUUAGAGGAUUUUCCAUUGCAUCGUGAAAUUAAUUUACAAUUGAAAAAAAGAAUAAAUGAAGAUAGUAAAAAGUAAAUUUCUCUAAUCACAACAUUUAAUGUGAAGCUGUGGUUUUCUGCAGUCUUAAUUCCUAUAUUAAUAAUGCCA